GAUUGGGGGUUAUCCUCUUGUCUGCGCGCGGUUCUCUGCGCUGUCGUCCGACAAUGGCCGCCGCUGCAGCAGGGAUAAACAAGCAGGGAGCUGUAGCGACGAUGGAGCCGUGUAUACGGCACGGGAGGGGAGCGACUGGAAACACCGUGAAGGUGCUGGAGUGUGGUGUGUGUGAGGAUGUCUUCUCCCUCCAAGGAGACAAGGUCCCCCGCCUCCUGCUGUGCGGUCACACGGUGUGCCACGACUGCCUGACCCGGCUGCCCCUGCACGGCCGAGCGGUCCGCUGCCCCUUCGACAGACAGGUCACCGAGCUGGGGGACUCAGGUGUCUGGGGUCUGAAGAAGAACUUUGCUCUGCUUGAACUCUUGGAGCGACUUCAGAAUGGAGCCACCAACCAGUCAGGAAUGGCUGAAGAUGCCCUGAAAGGCAUGGGAGAAUGUAUAAUCCGAUGUGAUGAGGACGAGAACCACACAGCCUCUAUGUACUGCACUGUGUGUGCCACCCACCUGUGUGCCGAGUGCUCUCAGCUCACCCACUCCACUCGCACGCUGGCCAAGCACCGCCGGGUGCCUCUGGCCGAUAAACCUCAUGAAAAGAUGCUGUGCCCUCAGCAUCAGGUCCACGCCAUUGAGUUUGUGUGUCUGGAGGAAGCCUGUCAGUCCGGGCCUCUCAUGUGCUGUGUUUGUAAGGAGUAUGGCAAACACCAGGGACAUAAGCAUGCUCUUCUUGAGACUGAAGCCAAUCAGAUUCGAGCGUCCAUCCUGGACAUGGCCCACUGCAUCCGGACCUUCACAGACGAGGUGUCUGAGUACUCGAGGAAACUAGUGGGCAUUGUGCAACAGAUUGAGGGUGGUGAGCAUAUAGUAGAGGAUGGAGUGGGCAUGGCCCACACUGAACACGUCCCUGGCACGGCAGAGAGCGCUCGCUCCUGUGUGCGAGCUUACUUCGCAGACCUUCAUGAAACCCUGUGUCGGCAGGAGGAGAUGGCGCUGAGCGUGGUGGACGCACACGUCAGAGAGAGGCUGAUCUGGCUGAGGCAGCAGCAGGAGGACAUGACCAUCCUGCUGUCCCAGGUGUCCACUGCUUGUCUGCACUGUGAGAAAACACUUCAACAGGAUGACUGCAGAGUUGUGUUGGCCAAGCAGGAGAUCAACUGUUUGCUGGAAACUCUUCAGAAGCAGCAGCACCAGUUCACUGAGCUGGCUGAUCACAUUCAGCUGGAUGCUGGAAUCCCCGUCACCUUCACCAAGGACAACCGAGUCCACAUCGGUCCAAAGAUGGAGAUCCGUGUUGUGACUCUUGGGCUGGAUGGAGCAGGAAAAACUACCAUCUUAUUCAAGCUGAAGCAAGAUGAGUUUAUGCAACCCAUCCCAACCAUUGGGUUCAACGUGGAGACAGUUGAGUAUAAGAAUUUAAAAUUCACUAUCUGGGAUGUUGGUGGAAAGCACAAGCUCAGACCCCUUUGGAAACACUAUUAUCUCAACACUCAAGCGGUGGUGUUUGUGAUUGACAGCUGCCACAGGGACAGACUCAUGGAGGCGCACAGUGAGUUAGCCAAACUACUGACAGAGAAGGAGCUGCGAGAUGCUUUGCUGCUCAUUUUUGCAAACAAGCAGGACGUUCCUGGAGCCGUGUCCGUGGAGGAGAUGACUGAGCUGCUGAGUCUGCACAAGCUGUGCUGUGGGAGGAGCUGGCACAUCCAGGGCUGUGAUGCUCGCAGUGGGAUGGGUCUACAUGAGGGGCUGGACUGGCUCUCCAGACAGCUGGUGGCUGCUGGGGUCCUGGAUGUGGCCUAAAGAAAGCACUGCCCCCGACCUUUGCACAUACUGACACCCCCCCCACCCCCAAAAUAAAAAAAUAUAAAAAUAAAA